UCCCUCCGUGUGUCGUUCGUGUGAGGCAAUAGUGCCUCGAUGGUAUCGAUUACUUUUAAAGGGUCGUGUCAUAAAAUACACGAAAAUCGCACAAAUACGAUCUAAUCGAGCCGAGAGACCGAGAUUAGAUACCUGCAAUUGGCAAAAAACAUCUUUGCAAAAUUAAUUCAAGAAUUAUUCAUAAAGAUUUACCAAGUAAAUAAUCAAUUCUAUUUUCAAGAAUCUUGCGACCAAUUCAUCAAUUUCACCCAAUAUUCUUGUGUUGUGUCGCGAGUAUUCAAGAAAUUUUAAAAUGUUUGACUUAUGCUGGUACGAAAACUCCGAAGAAGAAAAAAUGAAGAUCAAAAAAAUGGGUCAUUCUGAUUUUCAAGCUGUCGUCUUAGCUGGUGGUAAAGGAAGCCGUAUGACAGAACUUACAGCUGGGAAACCAAAAUGCCUUUUACCUAUAGCUAAUUUACCAAUGAUCUAUUAUCCACUCCAUUUUUUGGAAAGAUCAGGUUUUAACGAUGCUAUUGUAGUUGUAUCAGAAACUGUCAAAACUGAUGUCAUUUCAGCAAUUGAAAAACUUAAUUUGAAAAUUCAGUGCGAUGUGGUUGGCGUGGAAGAUUCAGAAGACAUAGGCACAGCUGAUUCUCUUAGAAUUAUACAUGAAAAGAUACAUAAAGAUUUGUUAAUUGUGCCUACAGAUUUGAUAACUGAUAUUGAUAUAUCAGAAACUCUUAAUCUUUAUAGAUCACAUGAUGCAAGUAUUACAGGUUUAUAUGCUGAACAACCAAAAAUACCUGAUGAUUUUAUUCGACCAGGUCCAAAAAGUAAACAAAAACCAGAAACUGAUUUGAUAGGAGUUGGUGAAACUAGUCGUCUUUUGUUUUUGGCAUCAGCUUCAGAUUUUGAAGAGUAUAUUUGUAUGAAUGGUGCAUUGACAGAGAAACAUCCAACUUUUGUGAUUCACUCUCACUUGGUAGACACUCAUGUUUACAUGAUUAGUAAAUGGGUAUUAAAAUUUUUAGUUCAAAACAAGAGUUUUAGUACUUUGAAAGGUGAACUAUUGCCAUACAUUGUUAGAAAACAAAUGAGUAAUCCCCAACAAGAAGAGGAAAAAAAUAUGGAAAACCCUGAAAAUAAUGUAUUCAAGUAUGCUUGUAAACCUAAAAAUGAAAAGAAAACUGAUUUUGAAAAAUGUGUUAGAGACUGGUCAUCAUACAACGACCACAAAAAUUCAUUAGAUAAUGCAUACCAUGAUGAUAUUAUUCGAUGUUAUGCACACAUAAUAAAGGGUAAAACUUGUAUUAGAGCUAAUACUGUACAAACUUACAGUUUAUCAAAUGCUAUAGCUACUGACAUUUUUGAAUUGAAAAAAGAAGGCAAUGUAGAAAAUUCAAGUAUUUCGUCAAAAGCUGUUGUGAAAUGCACACAAUUGCAAAACUGUCGUAUUGAUGACAAUGCACAAAUUAGUGAAAAAACGUCCCUCAAAAACAGUUACUUCAGUUAUAAUGUAGUUGUUAAGCCAAAAACAAGAAUACAAAAAAGUGUUCUAAUGAAUGAUGUUGUUGUUAAUGAAAAAUGUGUUAUAGAGAAUUCUAUCAUUUGCAAUGGAGCAAUAAUUGAAGAUGAUACCGUGCUGAAAAACUGUAUCGUUGGUGCUAAUUUUACAGUUUCCUCAGGUGAUCAUAAUCAAGAGGUCCUUACUGACACUGAUGGACUAAUGGAAAUUGAAUAAAUUGAUCACUUGUCAAAAAUAUUUCCAAAAACUUUGAAAAUAUUUUAUUCUGUAUAUAUUUAU